AUGACACAAACAAUAAUUGUGACAAUAUUUAAUAACAUUGAAACAAUUACCGGAUUAUCUGCAGUUGAAUAUGCAGAAUCAACAGAAAAGAAGGGUCCAGAGAGGAGAGCCCAAGCUCAUACAUCAUCUGAAGAAGAGAAGGUGGGAACAAGGAAGCACAAGACAGAGAACAAAGCCGACCAUAAAAACAAGAAGGCAAAGCCUGAGAGUGGAGACAAUGGACAACCGAAAGGAAAGCAAGCAGACGAUAUCGCUGCCGAGUUCGAGGAGUUCUGUAAAGCAACAAGAGAGCACCUCUCCAUCAAACAAAUGCAAGCAAUACUUGAAGCUAAUGACCAGAACCCCUCUGAUUCUGAUGAUGCAGUUGUCCCUCAAUGCCAAGACGCAUUGUUCUAUGGACCAUUAGAGAGAUGCCCAGUCUGUAAUGGCUCUUUUGAAUGCAAUCGAUUCGAGUACACUUGCAGUGGCGUUUCCAGCGAGUGGUCUAGUUGCCCUUAUACUACUACGGUAGCGCCAAGGAAGGAAGAGGCCCUUAAAAUUCCCAACGAGCUCAGAAACUCCCCUGCUUUUGACUUGAUUAAGAAGUACCAAGAACCAGGCAACCGCUCUCACAGGACUCUAAUCCCGAAGGACAAGCCAUUUAUGGGGAUGACGAUUGCUUUGUCUGGUCGCCUGAGUAGGAAUCACCAUCACUGGAAAUCAGAAAUUGAAAAACAUGGAGGGAAGGUUUCUAAUACAGUUCUUGGUGUGACUUGUCUUGUUGUAAAUCCUGCUGAACGAGAGCGUGGUGGUUCAUUGAAGAUCACUGAAGCAUUGGAAAGAGAUAUACCAGUGGUGAGAGAAGCUUGGUUAGUAGACAGCAUUGAGAAACAAGCCCCACAGCCUCUGGAGGCAUACGAUGUCGCAAGUGAUCUUACUGCGUACGGCAAGGGAAUUCCAUGGGACAAACAAGAUCCUAGUGAAGAAGCUCUUGAAUCCUUCUCAACUGAGCUUAAGCUUCAUGGAAAGCGAGGUGUAUAUAAGGAUACCAUGUUGCAAGAGCGGGGUGGGAAGAUUUUUGAGAAAGAUGGAAUUUUGUUCAAUUGUGCAUUAUCUCUUUGUGAUCAAAGAAGAGGACUGAAUGAUUAUUGUAUCAUGCAAUUGAUAAUGGUACCUGAGAACCACUUGCAUCUCUAUUAUAAGAAGGGUAGAGCAGGUGAUGAUGCUAGAGCUGAAGAAAAACUGGAGGAAUGGGAUAAUGUUGACAAUGCAGUGAAGGAGUUCACCCGGAUUUUUGAAGAGGUAACUGGAAAUGAAUUCGAGCCAUGGGAGAGGGAGAAGAAGUUCCAGAAGAAGGUGGCCAAGCUUUAUCCCAUUGACAUGGAUGACGGCAUCGAUGCUCAAUAUGGCGGCCUGAGUCUUCGAAAACUUGGAAUUGCCGCCACACACUGCAAACUUGAACCGUUUGUUGCGAAUUUUAUGAAGGUUUUAUGCAGCCAAGAUAUUUACAAAUAUGCUUUGAUGGAGAUGGGACUGGAUUCCCCUGAUAUACCUACAGGGAUGCUUACAGAAUUGCACUUGAAGAGAUGUGAGGAGGUGCUCCUUAAUUUCAUCGAAACUGUGAAAUCAAUCAAAGACACAGGGCCGAAAGCAGAUGUUAUUUGGUGGGAUUUCAGCAAUAGGUGGUUUACUCUCAUGCAUUCUACCAGACCCUUCAUUUUCAAGGAUUACGAAGAUAUCGCCGAUCAUAUGGCUUCUGCAUUAGAGACUGUAAGAGACAUAAAUGUGGCUUCACGUAUCAUAGGGGACAUGACUGGCCCUACCAUUGAUGAUCCAUUAUCCGAAAGAUACAACAAACUCGGAUGCUCGGUGGUUCCGGUGGAGAAAGAUUCUGAUGAUUACAGAAUGGUUUCUACUUACCUGGAGAAGACUUAUGAACCUGUUCAAGUUGGGGACAUUGGCUAUGGAAUCUCCAUUGAUAAGGUUUUUUCCGUGGAGACGGGUGCUUGCCCUUACGAAGAAAUCAAGAAUUUACCCAACAAGGUCCUCCUAUGGUGUGGUACUAGAAGCUCUAAUCUGCUCAGGCACUUACAUAUAGGGUUAUUGCCUGCAAUAUGUUCACUCCCCGAACCAGGUUAUAUGUUUGGCAAAGCAAUUGUUUGUUCAGAUGCUGCAGCAGAAGCCGCUAGAUAUGGCUUCACAGCAGUUGACAGACCAGAAGGGUUCUUGAUCUUGGCAGUUGCAUCACUUGGUGAUCAAAUCAUUGAGUUUAAAACCCCACCUGAGGAUACGAAAACAUUGGAAGAAAAGAAGAUGGGAGUGAAGGGGCUGGGGAGGAAGAAAACUGAUGAAACAGAGCACACCAUAUGGAAGGAUGACAUUAAAAUUCCUUGCGGUCGACUAAUCCCAUCGGGAAUCAAUGAGAGUCCUCUUGAAUACAAUGAGUAUGCAGUUUAUGAUCCCAAACAGGUCAGCAUAAGGUUCGUGGUGGGAGUAAAGUUUGAAGAAAAGGGCGUGGUGAUGGAUACCCAGGAGUAA